AUGCCGAAGAUAUGGGAGCGAUAUGUACAGCGCACGCCAGAGCUGGCGUCGCUCGAUGGACACUUUCAGAUCCAGCGUUUCGUCGAAUGGGUGAACGGGCGUUGUGGCAGCCCCCAACCGGCCACGGAUGGCGAUGGUGGUAAAUGUAUGAGUGGUGUCAUUGCAGUUCCGCUCCUGGUGAUUUUGCAGCUUUCUCAGUACUAUCAUUUCUUGCAUCUAAGUGAAUUGUCGCAUGAACAAUUCUUACGCCGUCUAUGUGAUGACGAUGAGACGUGGGGGAACGUGCAGGGCUACUGCAGCGGAUUCCUGGUGGCCGCAGCCAUCGCGUCUUCGAGGACAGAAGACGAACUGAACGCUAAUGCGACCGCUGCGAUCAAUUUGAGCAUUGGGGUAGGAGCAUAUAGUGAUGUGAUGAAUCUGAAGCAUGACCGCAGCAAUCAAGCCAACCUUCUCACAGUCCUGCUUGAUCGCAGUGGGCAGGAAAAGGAGCUCUUGAGCGAGUUUCAACAAAUUUAUGCUUCGGUCAAAUCCGACGCGCUGAGGGUCUCAUUUAUGGGUCCUGCUCCGGACAUCCAGAAGCUACACCAAGUGGCCAAAGACCGUGGAUUAUCGGCGGCAGUGCUCGAUGUCCGGGGACGGUGGCAUUGUCCCGGUAAUGAACAAAUCACGGACGACUUCUAUUCUCUGUGCCAGGAGCACCAGGAUAUGCAAUUGACCGGAUCUACCAACGCGCUGCGGACCCGACUCCGGUCGAACGCGGAUGGCACGCUUCUUGUGGAGAGUACGUCUCUCACAAAGGAGGCCAUUUUCUCGAUCAUGGUGAGGCAAUGCAACUGGGGGAUGGUCAUCGACGGGGCCAUUCAAGAUCUGUACCGGCGUUCCCGGGGGGUCCGUCAGCACAGUAUCGCCGUCUUCGGCACUGGUGACUGUGUAUCUCGAGACUCGAUUCAAGGGACCGAGUUGCAGCUAACGAAACAAGAGAUUAGUAAACUGUUCUCGCGGUCUGUAGAGACAGUACCAUCGCACAAUAGUCUGGAUUACGUACGCCCCCCUGUCAUUUGUGCGAUAGGUCUCGCAUGUCGGUUUCCUGGAGCGGAGCAUGCUGGAGAGUUCUGGGACGUGAUUUCUGAGGGGAAAAGUCAAUGCCGGGCGGUUCCCACAGACCGGAUCGAUUUCUCCAAGUCCAGUCGGCUCUCGACUGGUACUGCUUCUCGUGAAGAUACUCAGUCGCGGUUCUUUGGCAAUUUUUUAUCGCAGAUCGAUGGAUUUGAUCACCAAUUCUUCAAAGUGGCCCCGAAGGAAGCAAUCGCCAUGGACCCUCAGCAGCGACUUUUGUUGGAAACGGCCUAUCAGGCCGUCCAGUCCGCUGGAUUGGGAAACCCUAAAGACAUCUAUGGCAAAAAUGUCGGUGUUUUCAUUGGAAUUGGCAACAACGACUACAUGGAGCACAAUUGCUCCAACACUGCCACCGCAUUUUCAUUAACGGGGACGCUACGCGCCUUUUUGUGCGGAAAGAUCAGCCAUUAUUUUGGUUGGACCGGACCGUCCGAAACCAUAGACACGGCAUGCUCGUCCUCCGGCGUGGCCAUUAACCGGGCCUGUAGAGCCCUGGCUUCGGGAGAGUGUGAUUAUGCUCUGGUCGGUGGCGUCAAUACCAUUAGCAGCCCGAACACCUAUAUCGAUCUCUCCGUGGCGGGAUUCCUCAGUCCCACGGGGCCGUGCAAACCCUUCUCGGUGGAUGUGGAUGGCUAUUGCCGGGGCGAAGGAGUCGGUUUAAUCCUGCUCCAGCGCCUGGAUGAUGCCGUCCGGGAUGGCAACGAGGUUCACGCCGUCCUCCCCGGCUAUGGUGUGAAUCAAAGUGGACGAGAGGGGGCCAUCACCGCUCCCAAUGCCAAGUCCCAAGAAGCCCUCUUUCGCACAGUGUUGGAUCGUUCUCGUUUGGAUGCCAAUCAGAUCCAAUACGUGGAAGCCCAUGGCACUGGAACCCAGCUGGGUGACAAAGUCGAAUGCCAGAGCAUCAAGCAAGUCUUUCAUGCCCUCAAUUUCAACAAACCCCUCUAUUUGGGCUCGGUCAAAGCCAAUAUUGGCCACACGGAGCCUGCGUCGGGCGCGGCGAGUCUCAUCAAGGCCAUCCUCAUGAUCCAACAUAGAGAGAUCCCACCUCACAUCAAUUUCUCCGUGCUUAAUGACAAACUCGGCCUGGAUACAACUCGAUUCGACGUCACGACGUCCACGAAACCACUCUCGCCGGGGGUCUCGAUUCUCGUGAAUAAUUACGGUGCCGCGGGGAGCAAUGCCGCGUUCAUUGUGUCCAGUCCUGAGAACUAUCUAAGCAAUUAUGAUAAGACGCCACUACGGAAAGUCCCCAUGUACCGCGCCUUCUAUCCGGUGGUCCUGAGCUCUCACAGUCACAGAGCUCUCCAGGCUCAGAUGACUUCUCUGCGCCAAUAUCUCUCGACAGGAAGCCCGACGAUCACCCUGCAGAGAGUGGCCUACACCCUGGCCAAGAGGCUGGUGCGUCAACGAUACUCCUGGACCGCUUCCGUAGACAGCAUCGCCAAGCUGUGUAGCGAUCUGUCGAAUGCUGCUUCUGGUUCUUCUGAGAUCACCGACACAUCGGAGGUCCCGCUUCAAAAACUAGUUCUCGUCUUCGGAGGACAAAGGUCCAAAUUUGUUGGGCUGGUGCACGAGAUCUAUGAUCAUCUGCCUGCGCUUCGCCGCCACCUUGACGCGUGUGAUAAGCUGGUUUCAGAACUCCUCGGGCAAAGCAUUUUCCCCGCGAUCUUUCAGACGACGCCAAUCGAGCAGGUUGCUCUUCUGCAGUGUGCGUUGUUCUCUAUGCAGUAUGCCUCAGCCCGAAUGUGGAUCGACACUGGUGCUCGCGUGGAUCGUCUGGUCGGGCACAGCUUUGGAGAAAUCACGGCCUUCUGUGUCUCCGGUGCCCUUUCGCCCCGAGAUGCAUUGAGGUUCAUCAUCGAUCGUGCGGCAUUGCUCGAACGCAUCCAAGGCGAUCAUCGGGGUGCCAUGCUGUCCAUCCAGGGGGCCAUGGUAGACUACGAAGCAUGUCAAGAGAAACUCCCGGAACCCUUGAUCGACCAGGUCGGGAUUGCAUGCUAUAAUGCUCCCAACCAAUUUGUUAUUUCUGGAAGCCUCGAAGCGAUCAAUACCUUUGAGGCAGAACAAUCGAGUAGUCGCAUGAAGUGCAAACGACUGGAUGUCACCCAUGGGUUUCAUUCUCCCGUUCUGGAUCCCCUGCGGCCCGACUUGAUCAAAUUGGCCGAGUCUCUUUCGUUGCGACCAGCCCAGAUCCCUCUGGAGCUGUGCACAGCUGAAGGAUUGGAGAAGCCGUCUCUCACCGAUCUCGCCAACAACACCCGGAAUCCGGUCUAUUUCACCAAUGCCAUCGGCCGAAUUGAGUCUCGACUGGGCCCGUCGUGUACUUGGAUGGAGAUGGGCCUGUAUUCGGGGAUGACUUCACUGGUGCAAAAGUCAUGCCAACAGCUACACCUCAAUCAGCAUCGUUUUAUCCCCGGAAUGGACAAGAAAUAUGCGUUCUCUCCGACUAUCGCCAAUCAAGUCCUGCAACUGUGGAGAAGCGGACAACAUCUAUCCUGGUGGUCACACGAAGAAGGAGGAGAAGAGUUGAAAGACCUUCCUUUACCACCCUAUGCGUUCGACCAUACGCGCCAUUGGAUGCCCUUGAAUCUGGAGCCUCGGUCUUCGGGAUCACGAAUGGACAACGUUGAGCGGCGAAAGCCCGCCCUCGUAACGAUCAUCCAGGACGGAGACGAGAGAUCAUCCAACGAUACAUUCAAAUUCAUGGUGGAUUGCUCCUCGCCCAUAUACCAGUCCAUGCUUCAUGGCCAUGUGGUGGUCCAACAACCCUUGACCCCAGCAUCUAUGUACCUCGAAUGUAUUGCGAGUGGAUUGAAUAUGAUCCAACAACAACAAGAAACGCGGUCCCUGCCCUUCGCCCUUGAGUUCCGCGAUGUGGAGAUCACCGCGUCUCUGGGCAGCAGAGGAAUCAGACAGGUCACUUUCACCCUGAACCGAACAUACAACCAAUCGUGGGAUAUCUCCUUCCACAGUUUGUCCGACAAUGCGACCAACUGGACCGACCAUAUGCGGGGUUCUGUCAAACUGGUCAAGGGAGGAGUGGGAGGAAGGGAGGGAGGAGAAUUAGGCUCCGAAUUUGAUGGCUACGCCCGAUUGUGUAAGCUGCGCAUGGAAGAGAUGCAGCAUGGUAGUGGUACUGGUACCGAAGUGCUGCGCCAAACCAAGGCCUACCAGCUGUUUUCCCGCGUGGUCAACUACUCGAAACACCUCCAGGGCAUCUCCACGAUCUAUACUUCGGAUCAAGAAGCAUGUGCUGAUAUUGCCCUGGAGAUGAGCCCCGAUUCGACCGUCAUCCAUCCGGCCGCAGUCGACAAUUUCCUGCAGGUCGCCGGUCUCCUGAUCAAUACGCACCCCAGCUGCGACGACGACUUUGUGUAUCUAGCCACGCAACUGUCCAAGUUGGGCGUCAUUGGUCAGAAAGGGGGAAGCAGCAACAACUCGACGUCGUGGAAAGUCUAUGCGACCAUCUCAACCAUGACUUCCCACCGCGCUGCGUGCGAUGUGUUCGUUUUCGAUGCCCAUUCCGGAAUGCUCACGGCGUAUAUCUUCAAUGCGCAAUUCACGAAACUGGCCCUCACAACUCUUAGCCGUCUUCUUUCGGGGAGCGCAUCUUCCCUACACAAACCCCACAAUGAGAGUUAUAUGAGCGUCCCCCAUCUCCGUCAGACGGCGGAGACGUCGGGGUCGGGGUCAGAUUCCGAGGUGGAAAGCGUGUUUAGUGACAUGAAAUCGUCAUCCAGCGCCGAAGAUACGCCGUCCAACGUGGUGUCCAUCGAGGAUCUGGCCAAGAUCUUCGAGACAUAUGCGGCGGGAGAGCUGCCGUCCCGGGUCGCCCGUGAUACGGCCAUCGACAGCUUCGGCGUGGACUCGCUGUCGGCCAUCGAGCUGUGUCGGGAUAUCGCAGAUUUGACGCAUGUCGAGCUAGAAAUGACCGAGUUCUCUCAACAUGAGACCCUGGGCUCUCUGCUGGACAGUGUCAAUGCCAGGCUUCAACCGCGGACGUUGCCUAAAUCACGGAAAAAUCUAGAUACUGCCUACAGCCCUAACCCCGUGCCCAGAAAUGGGAUUCGCAUUGUUGAUCAAAAUGAUACAGCCGCAGCUGGGGUGAAAACCCACAAUCCCAUUGCCGUGACGAACAGCUACAAGGAUCGCUUUUCUUAUUAUGCUCGCCUCCAUCAGUUCGAGCGAUAUGGUGAACAGGUUCAAUCCUUCCAAACGGACGCCACAGUGGCCUUGAUCCUAGAAAUGCUCGUCAGUUUGGGAAUCGAUUUGGAUCAAUUGGCGGUCUCUCAACCGAUCCCGGAGCUGGACAACACCAUCCUACCUCGGCAUGCUCAACUGAUGCAACGACUGUGGACGAUUCUCGAAGGGUAUGGACUCAUUACCCGGGAUGAUGAUAAAUCAUCUUCUCUCUUCUACCGAUCGUCGAAACCCAUUCAGUUGGAGUCUGCGAAAUCACUGCUCGACAGGCUGAUUGCCGACUUCCCUCAACACGCGGAGGAACAUCGAUUGCUCUCCAUCACGGGCCUGAAGCUAGCGGAGUGUUUGAGCGGAACGGCAGAUCCCAUAAAGCUGCUCUUCCACGACCCAGUGGCCGUGGAUUUGAUGGGUGCCGUGUAUCGAAAUGCGCCCAUGUUCGCAACCAUGACCUCGAUGUUGCUGGAUGUGAUCGAUCAGCUUUUUGCUUCUGCUUCUGGUGGGUCCGAUUCCGAUUCCAAUCCCAUCCGUAUCCUGGAGAUCGGAGCUGGUCUGGGUGGAACGACUGCUGGCGUCCUGGAACGACUUCAGACGUCCAGGCGAAAGGUCCAGUACACCUUCACGGAUAUCUCACCGACCUUCGUUGCCAAGGCGAGAAAACGCUUCACCCAUUAUCACUUCCUCAGUUUCCAAGUCCUAGACAUCGAGAAGGAGAUCACCGAUGCUUCUCUGCGGGGUCACUUUGAUCUGAUCUUGGCCACGAACGUCAUCCAUGCCACCAAAGACCUGCCCACCGCCAUGGCUCAUAUUCGGUCCUUGCUGAGUGAGAAUGGAUCUGCCAUUCUCUCCGAGAUCAUUCAUGGUCCGGACUGGCUCGAUCUGGUAUGGGGUCUGCUGGAAGGAUGGUGGCGGUUCGAGGACGGUCGUUCCUACGCGCUGCAGUCCGUCGACGACUGGGCGCGGGUGUUCCGAGACGCGGGAUUUGGCGCCUUCGCCAGUUCAGGCGGUAAUUGCAAGGAGUCCCAAAUGCAACAGUUGCUGGUGGGAUCUGUCCAACCGAGCGCAGGCGCGAGCAAGACUGCGGCGUUGUCGGCGUCUGCGUCUGUGUCGCGCAGCAUCUCCACGGCCGAUAUCGAACCCGUGUCGUACAAGCAUGUCGACGGUCUCGAUCUGAUGGUCGAUAUUUAUUGGCCGAAACAGAACACUUCAGAAAAUAAUAAACCGAUUGGUGAGUGCCGCGAUUAUUGCAAAUACCCUUUUUGCGAUGCUAUGUCUCAUGAACUAAUUCAUUCAUUCAAUUCUACUCUAGCCCUGAUGAUCCAUGGUGGUGGCCAUAUGAUGCUCUCGAAGAAAGCCAUCCGUCCAUACCAAUGCAAAUAUCUCCUGGAACAGGGCUUUGUUCCCAUUGCGAUCAAUUAUCGACUAUGCCCGGAGACCACCCUCGGGGAGACGAUUCAAGACGUGCUGGACUGCCUCCAGUGGGCUCGAUCGACUCUGCCCAAUCUGGCUCAUCGACGUGGUCUCCAAGUCGACGCAUCCAACAUCGUCGCCGUUGGCUGGUCUUCCGGGGGCCACCUGGCAAUGUCACUGGGAUGGACGGCAAUCCAGGCCCAUGUGGCUCCACCGUCCGCGGUGUUGGCAUUCUAUCCUCCAACCGACUACGAGUCAGGCCAUUGGUGGAACCCGAUUGAUGACUCGACGAGAAAUCUCGAGCCGACGAUGAGUAUGGACGAGAUUAUCGGUCAACUCCGAAAGCCACGAAAGCCGCUGCAGGAGUAUCACGUUGCUGCUCAGGACAUGGAGCAUGCCGAAGAGGGCUGGGUGUCGCUGGGUGAUCCGCGCUCGGAGCUAGUUCUACACUCGGUUCGCGAUGGAUUGACCAUUCCACUCCUUCUCCACGGUCUCGGUGGGGAUCCAGGCAACAGUAACGUGUUGUCGUCCAUGCCAUCCAAAGACGAGCUGGCGGCGAUUUCUCCUCUCCAUUAUGUUCGAACUGGCACCUACCAGAUCCCGACCUACCUCAUCCACGGCACUGGCGACAAGCUUGUCCCGGUCGAAAUGUCCGUGGCGCUGCAUGAGGCGUUGAAGCAGCAAGGCAUCGACACGGGGCUGACGCAAGUGCCAGAGACGUCGCAUACGUUUGAUAUGUUCUUGAGGCCAGGCGAUCGACGUUGGAACGAGUAUGUCCAACCAGGAAUGGAUUUCCUGGUGCGGUGUCUCGAGAAGCGUCAUGAUAAUAGGUCCUGA